AUGACAGGAGGACUACAUUUACACAUAUACGCUCCCACAUACUGGUGGGUGCUGAUUUUUGUUUCUUUUUCCGCUCUUACAAACUUUGUUAUUUGCAACAAAGAGACCCAGAUAAAGGUCACUGUUGGGCUUCAGGCUCCUCUGAACAUUUCCUAUCCAUUCAGUUUGCUUAGAUUGGGGUCUGCAGUGCAGAUAGCCAUAGAUAAGAUCAACACAAAUCCAGCUCUCAGUGGAAAUUUCAGCUUUGAUUUUGUGUACGCGGACACAGAUUGUAAUGCAAAGACGUCUCUCCGAAUAUUUCUGGAUCAAGUGAUGAAACAAAAUGUGACGGCGCUAUUUGGACCACCUUGUCCUGAAGAGGCUGAAGUCACUGGGCUCAUAGCAUCCACGUGGAACAUUCCAAUGUUCGGCUUUGUUGGCCAGACACCGAAAAUGGAUAAUGCUCAGGUGUAUGACACCUAUAUAAAAAUUGUACCACCACUUAAGAGGGUUGGAGAAAUCCUGGUUAAAACACUGGAUUUCUUUGGGUGGAAGUAUGUCGGUAUGAUCGGAGGGGGCGCGGACACAAACACGUGGGACAGCGUUGAUGCUCUUUGGAAGAAUGUGGAACAGCAGCUCAGAGCUAAAGUAACAAUCACCGCUGGAAUUAAGUUUGACACCAGUGACCCAGAAUUGGUACACAAAAACCUACAACUGAUUUCAAGGGUUGCAAGAGUGGUGGUUGUGCUGGCUAAUGGUGUAGACACCACAGCUCUGAUGUUAGAAGCUCAGAGACAGGGGAUGAUGAAUGGAGAGUAUGUUUUCCUUCUCGUUCAGCAGUUUGAGGAUAACCUGUGGAAAUCUGCUUUGGGUCAAACAAAUGAAACAAUCCUAAAGGCCUUUGACAUGGUGUUUGUACUCGCUCAGAAAUCCUAUGAUGGUUAUGACUAUUAUGACUUCUUCGAGCAGGCUUACGAUAGGUUACAAGGAGCACCAUUUUACAGUAACCUGUCCUCAGAAAAUGAGGUAAGCUCCUACGCAGCUUAUUUACAUGAUUCUGUACUGCUGUAUGCUAUGGGUCUAAAAGAAGCCUUUAAAAAUGGUAAAGAUAUCCGUCAUGGACGAGAGAUCGUCCAGAAACUCAGAGACAGGGCCAGCAUCAGGUUUUAUGGGGCUUCAGGUUUGGUUCACUUUGAUGAAUUUGGAGAGAGGAACCUAGACUAUUCAGUAUUUGACCUGCAGCAAACAGAAGGCGUCAUCAAAUUUGUUCCUGUAUUGGAUUUUGACAGCCAUACAAAAAUGAUCAAACCCACAUUACGCUUUUCUAAUGUCUUUUGGCCAACUGGAAAACCUCCACCAGAUAAUCCAGACUGCGGUUUCAAUAACGAACUCUGCGAAUGGUUGGAAAACGAGAUAUCUCUACUCGUGUUGUUGGUGGCUCUGCCUGUGUUUGGAGUGAUGGCUGUGGCUUUGGUCACUUUGCUGAUGGUUCAGAAGCUCCGCCUACAAACUCGCCUGGAUGAGUCCAACUGGUGGCUUAUUGACUACAAUGACAUAACUAUCCUCAAAGAGCCUAAAGGAACCCAGACACUGUCUGCUAAGUCAACACCAAGCAAAUGUGGCAGUGGAGGAUCUCAGUCUAUCUUCUCCUCAAACAGUUAUGGUUUUAAAGGAAGCGGAAAAGAAGCCAUCUACACCACUAUCGGUAUCUAUCAGGGAAACGAGGUGGGCAUAAAAUACUUGAAAAAUCAAAUCCUCACCAAUAUCAAGAAGCCGUCUGUUAUUGCAGAAUUCAAUAUGUUAAAAGAAAUAAAACACGAGAACCUGGUCCAGUUCUUCGGUGUGUGUAUUGAGCCUCCAAACGUCUGUAUUGUAAUGCAGUACUGCAAGAAAGGAAGUCUGAAGGAUGUUCUCCAGAGCAACGAGAUCGAUCUGGACUGGAUGUUCAAAUUAUCCUUUGCCUAUGAUAUUGUUAAUGGUAUGGAGUACAUACACAAGAGCAGUCUAAGGUCUCAUGGAAAUCUAAAACCCAGCACUUGUCUGGUAGACAGCAGGCUGCAGAUCAAGCUGUCUGGAUUUGGUCUGUGGGAAUUCAAACAUGGAACCAAAUACAGAUUAAUCCCACUGGAGAAUCCAAAGUAUGAAGAAAUGUACUAUACUGCACCAGAGUUUUUAAGAGAAAUCUAUUUCCCAUUUAAUGGCACGCAGAAGGGAGAUAUCUACAGUUUUGCCAUAAUAAUGCGGGAGAUAAUGUACAGUACAGAGACAGGCCCAUACCACGAUGUUCAUCUAGAACCAAAAGAGAUUAUCAAGCAGUUAAGGACCCCCAUGUCCGAAGACCCCCUUAGACCCACCCUGCUUGCUGAUAUCUGUGAUGAACGCCUGAUACCUUUGCUAAAGGCCUGCUGGAGUGAGAAUCCAGAACACAGACCACCGUUCACCACUAUCAGGAGACGUCUGCGUGAAGCCAUCCCUGAAGGUCAUGUCAACAUCCUGGAUAACAUGGUGAAUAAACUUGAGAAAUAUGCCAAUCAUCUGGAAGAGGUUGUGGAGGAGAGAACCAAUCAGCUCACGGCAGAAAAGACCAGAGCUGAUAAGCUUCUCUCUAGCAUGCUGCCCAGGUAUAUUGCAGAUGAGCUAAUGGCUGGAAAAUCAGUGGAGCCCAAAAGUUACGAUAUGGUGUCCAUCUUUUUCUCUGACAUUGUGGGGUUUACCAACAUGUGCUCCAUUAGCUCGGCUCUGGAGGUGGUCACGCUCCUCAAUGACCUCUACAGUCUGUUUGAUGAGAUCAUCAAGCUAUACGAUGUCUACAAGGUGGAGACGAUUGGAGAUGCAUACAUGGUAGCCAGCGGGCUGCCUAUCAUUAAUAAUGGCCAUGCUGAGGAGAUCUCUACGAUGGCCCUCCACUUCCUCUAUGCCAUCAAAAGAUUCAAAAUUAGGCAUUUGCCGAAUGAGAAACUGGCCUUACGGAUUGGGAUCAAUUCUGGCCCAGUGGUUGCUGGAGUUGUGGGUAGCACGAUGCCCCGGUACUGUUUGUUUGGGGAUACAGUGAACACGGCUUCCAGAAUGGAGAGCAACAGUCUUCCACUGAGAAUCCACGUCUCUCAAAGCACCGCGGAAAUUCUCAUAAAGACUGGAAACUUUGAACUGGAGGAGAGAGGCGAUAUUGAGAUCAAGGGAAAGGGAACACAGAAGACCUUCUGGCUGAAAAACAAAACAGGAUUUAAGCUUCCUCCCACUGGCCAGGACUAUGAUGCAAAACUAAAAUCAAUAUCAGAUGAGAAAACCAAAGCAGCCUCAACAAAUGAUGGUGAGAAUAAAGAAAGAAGAACAAUCCAGAGGAGUCCAGGCAUUGCUAAAAUGUCAGAAAUGCACACCCUUACUGUACCCGACAUUUAGUCCAACCAUGACUUUUUAUAUACUGUAUACUUUGAU